CCCCGAGCUCUGCGCUGACUCGGCCCCCUCCGGCUCCGCACCGCUCUCCCCCUGCUGGCUUCUGCCGGUCCCCCGGCGCUGCACACCUCGCCCCAUUGGCUUCAUUCUGUGCCCUGCAUUCAUCACCCAGCCCCCGCUGAGCCUGUGCACCCCAUUCCGCUCUGCACCUCACGCUGUUCGCUCCCUGCUUCCUUUGCCUUUGUGUCUCCCAAACUCCCCCUUUUCCUUCCCACCCUCGGGUCCCUCUUCAUCUGCAGCAUAAAACAGUGGUCUUCCGACUUGAAUCCCUGUUGGUCGGUCCCAGGAUAUUGGAGAGAUAAGGAGGAUGAGUGACCUUAUAACAUGCAAGCCAUUGAUCCCAGGGGGAGUUCCCCUGUUUUCCAUCAGCCUCAGAAUGGGAGCAGUCAUCGAUCUUCUGGCUAUGUUCCAGGGAAAAUUGUUCCUCUUCGUCCACCACCACGUCCAAAGAGCCAAACUUCAGCCAAAUUUACAUCUGCAGGACAAGAAGCCCAUGCAGCAUUUGCCCCCUCACCAGAGGAACAGUGCCGUCAAGCAGAAGCCAGUAGAAAGAAAAGACACAAAAACACUCUCAUUUGCUUUGCCAUUUCUAGCUUUUCAUUUUUUGUUGCACUGGCAAUUAUCCUGGGAAUAUCUUCAAAAUAUGCACCAGAUGAGAAUUGUCCCGAUCAGAACCCUCGCCUUCAGAAUUGGGACCCUGGACAAGAUACUGGAAAGAGAGUUGUCAUCAAAAAGGAUGAUUUGUUUCGUCUGAAUUCGGAUGCUACAGUGCACUCAAUAGUCAUACAGGAUGGAGGCUUACUUGUCUUCAGUGAUGAUAAAGAUGGAUCCAGAAAUAUCACUUUGAGAACGCGGUUUAUCCUGAUAAAGGAUGGUGGAGCGCUUCAUAUUGGAGCACAGAAGUGUCGCUAUAAAUCCAAAGCAACUAUAAUUUUGUAUGGCAACUCAGAUGAAGGUGAUGGUGUGCCAAUAUUUGGCAAAAAGUUUAUUGGGGUUGGCUCUGAUGGAACACUUGAAUUGCAUGGGACUCAGAAAUUAUCAUGGACUUUGCUGUCAAAGACUAUGUAUUCCUCAGGGCUGGCCUCUGGUUCGUAUGCAUUUGAGAGGAAUUUUUCCCGAGGGCUAAAUGUCAGAGUGAUUGACCAGGACACAGCACAAGUUUUGGUGGUUGAUAGGUUUGAUACCCACGAAUAUCAAAAUGAAAGCAGGAGACUUCAAGAUUUUUUGAAAGAUCAGGAUCCUGGCCGCAUUGUUGCUAUUGCUGUAGGUGAUUCAGCUAUGAAAAGUCUCCUUCAUGAAACCAUAGUGACUAUUCAAAAUCUUCUUGGAAGUAAGCUUGUCAAAGGACUGGGUUACAGGCAAGCCUGGGCUUUAGUCGGUGUCAUAGGUGGUGGAAAUUCCUCCUGUAAUGAAUCUGUGAGAGAUUAUGAAAAUCAUAGCACUGGGGGGAAAGCUCUUGCUCAAAGAGAAUUUUUCACAGUGGAUGGUCAGAAGUUUGUCGUGAGAGCUUUUAGUGAAUGGAAUGAAGGUAGGAAAGGUGUUCCACGUUCAGGUUUCCAGGUAGAGGCUAUAGAUGGAGUGAUACUGGAUUUGUUGGAAGAUGUUAGCAGCUGGAAGCCUGAAGACCAGAUCGUUGUUGCAAGCACAGACUACUCAAUGUACCAAGCAGAGGAAUUCACUCUCCUUCUCUGUCCCGAGUGUAGCAAAUAUCAGGUCAAAGUCAAAGAAACUCCUCAGUUCUUUCAUAUGGGAGAAGUUAUUGAUGGAGUGGACAUGAGGGCCGAGGUUGGUGUUCUCACUAGGAAUAUCCUAAUCAAGGGAGAGAUGGAGAAGUCCUGCUAUGCUGGCAAUCAGUGUCAAUACUUCAAUUAUGAUACUUUUGGAGGACACAUCAAGAUUUUGAAGAAUUUCACCUCUGUUCAUCUUUCCCAUGUGGAAUUGACACAAAUGGGCCAGCAGCUGAUAGGAAGUUAUCCUGUUCACUUCCACUUGUGUGGAGAUGUGGAUGAGAAAGGAGGUUACAGCUUCAGGACUUAUUUGGAAGGCCUUGCCAUUCAUCAUUGCUUCUCCAGAUGUGUGACAAUUCAUGCAACUAAUGGCUUGUUGAUAAAGGACACCAUUGGUUAUGACACACUGGGCCACUGUUUCUUCAUAGAGGACGGCAUUGAACAGAGAAAUAUUCUGUUCCACAACCUUGGCCUAGUCACCAAACCAGGCACUCUUCUUCCCACAGACAGGAAUAGCACCAUGUGUAUGGCUAUUAAGGAUAAAGUAUAUGGCAAUUAUGUUCCAGUGCCAGCCACAGACUGCAUGGCUACUUCAACAUUCUGGAUUGCUCAUCCCAACAAUCAUCUUAUAAAUAAUGCAGCAGCAGGUUCGCAGGAUGCAGGAAUAUGGUAUGUAUUCCACAAGAAUUCUACAGGAGAGUCUCAUGAUUUAUACCUUGAAACCAAAGCAGAGCUUACACCACUAGGCAUCUUCUAUAACAACAGAGUUCAUUCUAAUUUUAAGGCUGGCUUAUUUAUUGAUAAAGGUGUAAAAAUUACCCAUGCUAAUGCUGAGGAUCCACGGGAAUAUCUUUGCCUGGACAACAAUGCAAGGUUUCGACCUCAUCAAGGUGCUGACCCUGAAAAGGCCCGAGUUGCUGCUCUGAUUGACAGACUAAUCGCUUAUAAAAACAAUGAUCAUGGGUGUUGGGUCAGAGGAGGGGACAUUGUCAUUCGGAACUCUGGGUUUGCUGACAAUGGAAUAGGUUUAACUUUUGCCAGUGAUGGAAGCUUCCCAAAAGAUGAAGGUUCCAGCCAGGAAAUAUCAGAAUCUCUGUUUGUUGGUGAGAGCAGGAAUUAUGGCUUCCAGGGUGGCCAAAACAAAUACUCAGGAACUGGAGGAAUAGACAAUAAAAAUCGCACUCUGCCUAGAAAUCGGACGUUUCCAAUCAGAGGUUUUCAGAUUUAUGAUGGACCCAUUCAUCUUACUAAAUGCACAUUCAAAAACUUCGUGCCAACUGCUGAUAGAUACACCAGUGCCAUUGGAUUCCUAUUGAAAAACCCUUGGCAGAUAACACCGAAAAACAACAUUUCACUCGUUAAGUUUGAUGCAAAUGUUUCUCUGAAAGUCUUCUUUGGUAAACCUGGUCCCUGGUUUGAAGACAGUGAGAUGGAUGGCGACAAGAACUCAGUAUUCCAUGACGUAGAUGGUUCUGUGACUGAAUACAAGGACACUUAUGUUGGCAGAAUGGAUAAUUUCCUGAUCCAACAUCCAAAAUGCAUUAAUGUGUCACAGUGGAAUGGUGUGAUCUGCAGUGGGACUUUUGCACAGGUAUACAUCCGAACAAUGAACCCACAGAAUCUUACUAUGACCAUGAUACGAGAUGAAUACCCAUCUAGGCCCAUGGCACUCCGAGGUAUUAACCAGAGAGCUGCUUUUCAACAAUACCAGCCUGUAAUAAUGCUUCAGAAGGGCUAUACGAUACAUUGGAAUGGACAAGCUCCCCAAACCACUUUUCUUUAUCUCAUUAACUUUAACAGGAAUGACUGGAUUCGGGUAGGACUCUGCUAUCCAUCAAGCACAACUUUUCAAGUAACAUUUGAUGUCUUUCAAAGGCAGACAUCUGCUUUCUCUAGUCCAGUGGAGUAUACAUCAGUAACGUCGAUGGGGGAGCUGGAGAAAAAUCGAUCAGCGGAGAAGUUUUAUUUUGACAACAGCACUGGAUUGCUGUUUGUAUAUCUUCGAGCCAAAUAUAAUAGGGAUGGUCACAGUUACUGUUCAUCUCAGGGAUGCGAAAGGGUCAAGAUUCAGGCCACUGUUCAAUCAAAAGAGAUCAGUAACUGCAUGACAAAAGCUUAUCCAAAGUACUACCGAGCACCAGCUGUUCUACAGCCAAUGCCAGCCAGAACUACUGCACAGUGCAAAAAUUGUGGCACAACUCAGACGGCUUUUACCAGUGAUCCUCACAAAACCUACCUCCUUGUGCAGAUUCAUUCACUGAGCAAAGUAGAAUUACAAAGUAGUCUUCAGUCUUUUAUCUCUGUCAAUGGAAGUAAGUUUCCCUUCAAAGAUGUGGGUGUAUUAACACUAGUAGUUGAUGCGUGUGUUGGCACGGUGACAGGAAAAAAGCUUUUUCUUCAAGCAAACAUUAAAAGUAUAGAUGAAUAUUUAAAAACUGGAAUUCCGCAAAGGUCUAUAGUUUUACUAAGCACAAGAGGUGAUAUACGAAAUCUUAAUAUUUCAGAAGCCUUAAUGUCCCUCGGAACAGCCAAACCAGCUCAUCUUCAAAACAAGGGGAGCAUAGCCUUUCUUGGCUUCAGAGGAAACUUUAAACCUUCCUGGGCUAAGCUGUUUACCAGUCCUGCUGGGCAGGGCCUAGGUCAGAUAGAGAAGUUUAUACCUUUACAAAUGGAAGAGUAUGGCUGCCCUAGACUGAACUCUAAUAAACGGAAAGACUUGGAACUUUUAAAGCAAGCUUCAAGAGCACAUUAGAGACGAAGAUGUACUAAAGUGCUGGAAGAAAAUGUGAACUAACUUAUUUAAUUUAUGGCAUUUAAAACUGUACUUUUAUCCCAAGUAAACCAUUUUACUGUUUGAUAAGACACAUGCCUAUGUUGACCGCUUGAAUGCCAAUCUGUGCACCUUCUAGUUGUACAAAAUGUUAAAGAAUUUAUUACUAUUUGUAUAGACAGAUUUUUCAGAAUUUUUUUUCUGAUGUUUGUAUUUACUGUAAACAGUUUCUUUUUGUUUUAUACUUUUGUAUCCUGGGAAUUGAGGAUGCUCAAAAAGAUCAGCCUGGAGAAGUUUUGAUAGUUUUUAGGGUCUUAAAAAAAUAAUUAAAAUAUCUGUUUCUUGA